GACAAAUAACCGAACAUUUAAAGUCCCAACUGACAACACAUAACCAGAGCAUUGUAGCAAAUAACACCUUCCAACUUAACUUUGAAGUAGCAACAUUUCUUUAAUAAAGCGCUUGUAUAUACAAAAUAAUAGAUGCCAUAGAUAUCAUUUUAUAGAGAGAACAUUGUAAUUUGUAACUGGCUAUGCCACCAUGCGCACACUAACCUUAUUAACGAUAAAAAUUCUGUGUUGAGGAGGGCGGGGUCCCAUGUUAUAAAUGGCAGCCGUUUCUGAUUGGUCCUGGGGUCACGCCCAUCUUAGCACACAGAAGGGGAACAGUUUGAUUUUCAACUGUUUCCCUUCCGAGAAAUAUAGUGAGCUAUGUGAUGUCGACAAUAGAAGUACUCAUCAUCACAGUGUGUCGUAUAUAGUGAUUUUGAUUGUCUUUUUUCUUCGAUAACAAUCGCGAUUGUGUUGCGGAUAUUGUAUGGAACUAAACUGUGAAUAGACAACUGAAUAGUGACAAUAUGUUGACUGAUGUCACGCCAGCAACUGCUGGGCAUUACUUCGGAGCUCAAAUACCGACGAUGACAAUGAAUGUCAAAACUGCUGAACACCCCAGUCUACGCGGUACCCCUCUUGCAAUGCUAGCAGCCCAAUGCAACAAGCUAAGCAGUAAAUCGCCACCACCGUUGGCCGACGCUGCUGUGGGCAAAGGCUUCCACCCUUGGAAGAAGUCUCCUCAGGGCGCCCCUUCGCCAGGAAGCACCGGCGUAUCAUCGGCAAGCUCCUUGCCUAGUCAACGAAGCACCGCAGCCUCAAACCCUACUUACUCCAGAUCAGUUAUGACGUCUUGCGCCUCUGUACCAACGACAGCUUCGUAUGGAAGCGAUCUAUAUUUUCCUGGAGCUACCACUCAGCCUUCUGUGAGUGAUAACGUACAUCAUCAUCAAAGUUCUUUGUUGGGAAAAGUGGAAGGAGCUGCCACAGCUCACCACUUAGGUUCGGUCUAUUCGAGACAUCCUUACGAGACGUGGCCCUUUAACACUAUGUCUACUGCCACGCAUGGGGGUAUCAAAAGUGACUCUGUAGCAGGCGCUAAUGCUUGGUGGGAUGUACAUUCAACAGCGGGAAGUUGGUUGGAUAUGAGCGGAGCGGCUGGGAUGCACGCUCAAAUGGCAGCCGCCAACUAUGGUUCAGAUUAUUCAAGUUUAACGCACUCGCUUGCCUCAAAUCAUUUAUUAUCCUCAGGACAACAUUUGCUUCAAGACACUUACAAAUCUAUGCUGCCCGGUCAGACAGUGGGAGCUUCUUUUGGUUUACAUGCGGCUACUUCUAGCCCCUCACCAACUGGUGGGGGUAGUGGACUACCUCCUCAAGUACCAUCGCCUAGAUCACAGAGGCGCUAUACUGGCAGGGCUACUUGCGAUUGCCCCAAUUGUCAGGAAGCCGAAAGACUAGGCCCUGCAGGGGUGCAUUUACGCAAAAAGAAUAUCCACAGCUGUCACAUACCCGGUUGUGGUAAAGUUUACGGCAAAACUUCGCAUUUGAAGGCGCAUUUGAGAUGGCAUACUGGUGAGAGACCUUUCGUGUGCAACUGGUUAUUUUGCGGCAAAAGAUUUACUCGCUCAGAUGAGCUGCAAAGGCAUUUAAGGACUCAUACGGGUGAAAAACGUUUUGCGUGUCCAGUGUGUAACAAGCGUUUUAUGCGCUCCGAUCAUUUAGCCAAACACGUUAAAACCCAUAACGGCACCGGUAAAAAGGGUAGUUCGGACUCUUGUAGUGACUCUGAAGAAAACAGUCAAAGCGAUAUGACUAAUAACGUAAAUUCACCAUCGUCGAUGAAUCAAACGCCACCACCUUCAUCUCAGUCCAUGGGGGGUUUGGAUAUGGUUACAGGUUUGGACGUCAAGCCGCCUGGGUUGGUGUGAGGCCGGUGGGGCCCGGCUCUGCUGUAUUCCAGUUAUCCGCGUUGAAGUGGCCCCGAAGUGAUAAUAAAUUACUGUGAAUUUCUUGUAUAUAGUACGACAAAGAAUAAUACAUUUAUAAUUUGUUUGAAUAGGGAUUUAGAAAACAGUCGAUCGAAAACUCAGCCCGAGUGAUUUCUGAUUCUUGUUGAAACAGACCUACCUAUAUUUAAUAUUAAUGAAACAUUGGAAGUGCAGGAAAAUAGAGCAAUUGGUAAUAAUAAUAAAGCACCAAAAAUGGAAUUUCAUUUGAACCAUUUAACUUUGAAAGUUUUGGGUCAGUUGGACUAUAAGUAAUCUAAAAAUUUUAUUUAUCGCAUAAAUAUGCUAUCAAAUUUUGUCUCGAUGAUUUUUAAAAGCGCCAAUAGUGCAGUCAUCAUUCUAGCAAAUGUUUUGUCUAUUGCUUGUUUUACUACAACUUCGUCCUGCCUUUUCUUUGCAUAUCAUUAUCCAGCAACCAUAUCUUGGACAGUCCAAUCGCUAAUCACUAAUAUCUACCUACUUGGUAGGUGGGAAGCAACGAAAUACCUUUUUGUUUUCCAUCUGCUUUUCUUUGUUUUUUUUUAAAUACAUAUUAUCAAUUGUUUCUGCCGUCUGCACUAUAAUCUGUAAAUACAUAUUAUAAAUAUUAGGUAUUUAAUAUUAAAAAAAAGUUGUAUAGGUGUCUUAGAGAUAAAUAAAUAAACGUAAGACGGUGAAAGAGAAUUAAGGCGUGUUUGUAAAAUAAUAUUUUUUAAUUUCACAAAUAUAUAAAUAUAUAUUAUGUAUAAUAUUUUUGUUUGUUUUUUUGCAAUGUUAUUUUUGUUUUUUCUUUACGUAUAACAUAUGAUAUAUUAUUUUAUGAAAAUGAAAUUACCUACGAUAAUUCCACUUUGUCUUACUCAUGAAAUGUUUUACUGUAAAUUUUAUUGGAGCACCGUAAAAUAAUAAACAUUUGCCAAAUUAUUUUGUUUUUUAGGCAGUCUAAUAUUAUUCGAUCCUAAUUUUAAAAUAUGUACAUACAUAAACCUAAUUUUAUUUUAAUUUUUUGUAACUUGCCUUUGCCAG